UUUUGUAAGUUUUGCGAUAUUUUAAUGUGGCGAAGAUUGUUAGAUCAUAAUGCAAGAAAUUGUAACGCUUUUUUGGAUUUUUUUAACAAAAUGUAUAUCUACUUAAAAAUGAAAAACGUUUUACUGGCUUUAUUAACUAUAUUUAUUCGGAAUGCAAAAUGGUAUUAAUCUAGUGCAAUACACCCUGUGUAGGUACGCAGACACGUACUAUUAAGUACCUAGUGUAGAGAAGUUGCCUUUUAAUUAAAUUAUCUAAGUUAAUGUUAACGUAUACAUGUAUGUAGAUAUUUGCUGGUCAACGGUAUGCAUUAGUGGCCAUUAAUUCUAUUAAGUGUUUUGCAUUCUUCUACGACUCUCUGUUUUGCACAUGUGCUUAAACAUGAUGGUAUUUUUAUGUUGCUGGAAUAGCACUAUGCCCAACCUAAGUCCUGAAAACCAGUACAUGAACACGAAUGGUGCUACGAAUUCGGAAAAGGUCGCAAUCUUAGACGCUGGUGCACAAUAUGGCAAGGUGAUUGAUCGAAAUGUUCGAGAAUUGUCCGUUGAAAGCGACAUCCUACCCCUGGACACGCCAGCAUUCAACAUCAAAGAAGCCGGAUACAGAGCGAUCAUAAUAUCCGGAGGUCCAAACUCGGUCUAUGCUGAGGACGCACCGCGAUACGAUGCUGACAUAUUUAGGAUAGGUUUGCCAGUCUUAGGUAUUUGUUAUGGAAUGCAAAUGAUGAACAAAGAAUUUGGAGGCACUGUAGUACGAAAGGAUAACAGAGAAGAUGGUCAAGUUAAUAUAGAAGUAGAUAAUAAAUGCCUAUUGUUUAAAGGAAUGAACAAGACACAAACAGUCCUCUUGACUCACGGCGACACGAUAGAUAAAAUAGCGGACAAUUUCAAGUCGAUCGCGCAAAACGGAUCAUUCUGUGUUGGAAUUUACAACGAGAAGCUCCGGCUGUAUGGACUGCAGUUCCAUCCGGAAGUCGACCUUACCGCCAAUGGAAAGACAAUGUUAAAGAACUUCCUUUUCGACGUGGUCAGUCUAACUGGAAACUUCACGAUGAACGGUCGCGAACACGAUUGUCUUCGGUAUAUCAAGGAAGCUGUCGGGUCGAGCAAAGUCCUCGUACUGGUCAGUGGCGGUGUCGACAGCGCAGUAUGUGCAGCUCUUUUACACAAAGGUAUACCUGCAUUAACUAAUCAUUGUCACAAAGUCGUCAGUACAAAGACUUAUUAAUGCCCAACUAUCUGCAAAAAGUAACCUAGUCUAGGUUAUGCGCUAGCCCUUUUUGCUUAUUUUUUUUGCUUCUAAUGCUUCUCUAAGUAGCCGUUCAUGUUUCAGAAGGAGUCCUAGCAUCAUCUUACCAUUUUCAUAGUUCCUUCUGUUUUCAAUAAAUCUCGCCUUUUAAUCCUCUCUACUCAGUAUUUUCAUCAUCCUUCUAUAAGACCAUAUCUCAACCUGUUUACCAAUAUUUUUAUUUAUGUAAA